AUGAUGCCACGUGUCGCUCUAUCUUCAAGUACCAACAAAGUCUGCAAUUUGGUGGAGACGAGCUUCAACCACUCACUAGACUGUAUCCUUGUCUGUUCACUUGGGGAACACUUCUCGAAGAAGUCCUCCACCUGGAUCUACAAUACAUGUGUAGUUAAGAGUUCUUCUGUUAUGUCCAACAAAGACACCCUCCCUGUGUUGCAGCCAAAAGAUGGUGUAAUAGUCCCACGGCCUCAUACGAGGGAAAACGACCACGUCAUCAAAAAGAUCCACAAACUCAGCCCUAAAACGUUGAGCAACCUGUCAGAGCAAAGAGCAACACAUCAAAAAAAGGCUCCCCCUUUUUCCCUUUUCAUUCACGAUGCACCAAAACUAGCAUACGCAAUACCUCAACAUAAAAACGGUGAAUAUCACAACCAUCGAAAGCCUUUCCUGGGUCGAGGUGCAUUCCUCGGUGAACAAGUGUGGGCUCUUUCAGUAUUUUCCGGAAAGGGAUUUUUGGUAAAGUUUCAUGAAGACAUCGGCAAUGAAAGAGAAACUGAUGCCCGACGUUGUUCCUCCGCAAGAGCUCUUGCGAGCUUCGUCCUUCCAGAGCCAUGGCGUCCCAGAAAGAAAAAAGAAGCUGAGGAUUUUUUCGGCGCCAACAAAGCAGACACGAUCUUCUUGACAACCAAAUCAUCCAAUCCAACUAACCUCUCCGAUAACCUCUGCCCCACAUUCUCAAGCUUAGUCCUCAGCUCCAAAGGUGACUGGAAACACUUCAAGGGAAGACCAGUCUUGGAACUCAUCGCCUAA